GCAGUGCACUACAAAGGAAACAGGGUGCCUACAACUGUUACCUUUUUAUGUUAUACAAGCCCAUGGUCAAACUUUCAGAACCAGUUAAAUAUUGAUGGGUGCAGUAACUUCAGCUGCCACAAUAGAAGUAUCUCUUCUUCCUUGGCUACAUCACAGUUAACUUGAUUUGUAUAGUAUCUCUUCUAUUAAUCCUACAGUGAAGUGAAAUUGAUGCUUAGUAGCCUAACCGUAACGUCAUAUGGCCUAAAGACUUCCCAAUCUUAAUUUGUUUACUUUAUGAGAAAUUAAGUUAUUAAGUGUGUUGAUUGGUGGCAGAAGACAUUGUACAUCUCCACACGGCAUCGAAUGACCGUCUAAAAGCUACCAUGUUUUCUAGUCGACCGAGUUAAAUGCAAGAACACUUACCAUGCCACAGCCAUGAUAUAUUGUUAUCAUGAUUUGAUAAAUCAAGCGUUUAUUCUCAUACAUAGCAUUAACAUACCCGAUGGUAAAUCAAUGGCAGUCUCUCUCGCAGAUCCAAGAGACUUGUUGCAACGUCAGAAUCGUAACUCUCCUUUUUUUGGGGAAGCCCGUCACAUCCUCUGUCCAUGUAUGGGCAUGAAGUUUACACGCAGCGGGGAAUCCUCUCACUGGAGCCGAUGAAUGGGGGGAGGGGUCUAUCGACCCGCCGGAGUGUAUAUAAGGAGAGGGAAGCCACUGGUGUGAAACCUACCCACAGCAACAGAUAGCCGAAAAGCUACAAAGCGAUACAACACGCAGUCAUCUGGACAAAAAGGAAAUUUCGAAAUAUUUAUUGACACCUUUUUACUCAAACGACCACCAGCACAUUUCGGGGAUAAUUGACGACCCCGUGCAUCAGAGGGGAAAGGACACAUCAUUUGUAUUUGUUUCGUUUAGUUUAAAAAAAAAAAUCUACCUACACUUACCUGGAUUGACAGACUUGAAAUCAAUCUCGCAAUCAUGCUGAAUAACAUGGAUUUGAACUCUAAAGAUUCCUUCUACCCUCAGUUUGAGAAUUGUAACGGUUCUUCCCUGGGGAUGGAAAAUAGCGCUCGGAAAGAUACCCAGGAGAUGUUUUCGGACGCAGAGAGAGGAACACCUACCCAGUUUACCCAUGAGGGAGCACCUGUAACCCUGAAAACCGAGGCCUCCAACUCAGAUUUCGCCUUUAAUCCCUGCGAGGGGCCCAAAGGCAGCUACUCCUCCUCCCUCGCCUACUCAGGCAGCUUCUAUGUCGAGGCGACUCAGGGGGGGCCGUGCAGCACAGAGACAUUGCUCAACAUGAUCACAGAAAUUGUCGGUAUUUCUACGUUACCAAUCUCCGAAGUUCAACUGAGCACCAUGGACAGCAGCAGCUUCGGCGACGCCGGCGUCCAGAGGCAAUCCACCUGCAGCGCCACCCCGCCCCUGUACUCACCCGGGCAGACAUGUCCCAGCUACCCCGACGGUCAAUCCGGCGGCCAAGCUCAAGAUUCAGCCUCUCCCCAGGUGAGCUUCGGCUCCCCAGCUCAAGUCCGAAACCAGAACAGCACCACCGAGCCACAGUCAGAAGCUGCGUCUUUUCCAGUAGUGGUCAAGAAUGAGUUCGAGAGCAGCUGUUACGAAUGGGGCACGUUCAAUAAAUCGGACUCCUAUUUGGAAACGGGCUUCCAAUCAUCAGAAACGUUCCCGAUGUCCACUGACUUCCCGUCUGACCAACAAGUGGAUGUAAAGGACCUUUUGGACUCAUUUUCCCCAAUGUGUCCUAACUCAGCGAUGGAGUUCAAAGUUGAAGGCGGAAUCAAGCAGGAGCAGUGCUAUUCUGACACCUGCUCUCAGAGUUUCUGCAGUUCUCUUUACUCCAACUACCCAGUGCCAGUCAUGGACCUCUCAACCAACAACCUCCUCAAGCCAGCUAUGUUUCCCAACAUGGAACUUCCGCCAUUAUCUAAUCAGUGCGAUUCGUCUUGCCAGCUUACCUCACCAGCUUUACCCAGUACUAUAGACUCAAUUCUUUACUCCUCCUUAUUGCCAGACUCCUUUGCCCAAAGUUACACGCCGCGCGCGCAAAAGGCACCGCGUGUCAGAAAAAGCCCCGCGGCCUCCACCGGGCCUGCCAAAGAGAAACCCUUCACCUGCCCCAUGGAGAACUGCGACCGGCGCUUCUCCCGCUCGGAUGAACUCAACAGGCACAUCCGCAUCCACACCGGACACAAACCCUUUCAGUGCCGCAUCUGUCUGCGCAGUUUCAGCCGUAGCGAUCACCUCACCACCCACACCCGGACUCACACCGGAGAGAAGCCGUUCUCCUGCGACGUAUGCGGCAAAAGGUUCGCCCGGAGCGACGAGAGGAAAAGGCACGGUCGCGUGCACCUGAAACAGAAAGAGAAGAUGGAGCUGAAGCCACAAGUGAUCAGCGCGUGGCCAUUUACUCUUCCGGAUGGAAUUUGAAGAGACACCACUACGCACACGAGUAGCUCUGUCCACACAACAUUACAAUCUUUCCGUCGAAGAUAAAAAGCUUGACAGUUCAUUGCUGAUUACAGGUCGACGUAUCAACGUUUGCGGUGUGACAUAUAGGUCGAGUGAAAUUGGUUUGACUGUGAAAGUCUCUAUAGGGAGUCUUAGAAUAAGGAUGUUUUGCGAGUUUGAUUUGCAUAAUGCUAUAUCGGAAAGUGAAUUGUGAAAAGGGUCUGCUCUUUCGACCCUGGUUUACUUGCUGCUGCUGACUCUAUGCAACACAUGCAUAACUUGAUUGUAAAACCUUCCCGAGUUGACAGCUCAACAGACACGUGUUGUAUUUCUCUGUUACAAUCAACCAAUUUGGUCAUGCCAAACCAAACACCAAGGCAUCAUAACAAAUGCCUGCAGCAGUUCAGCACCCUUUCGUCUGGACAGCUCCAACUUCAAACCUCGACGAAGAAAUAUACCAAUAAGAGAACGAACUGCAUCGAAAGUGCUGGGCUGUAUUGCGCUUAUAUCUAAUUUGAGAUAUCCUCUAUCCACUAGAAAG